AUGCUCGAAGGUCUCGUCGCCGGGUUGCUUAACCGCUUCCUGGGCAUGUACGUCAAAAAUUUCGACCCUACACAGCUCAAGGUCGGCAUCUGGUCAGGAGACGUCAAGCUCCGCAAUCUAAAGCUACGCCGUGAGGCUCUAGAUCAACUCAAGCUACCGGUCAAUGUCAUCGAAGGCCACGUUGGUGAAUUGACACUCGUCAUUCCGUGGUCGAACCUUGGUGGAGCGCCGGUCAAGAUCUUUGUUGAGGAUGUCUUCCUCCUUGCCAGCCCCAAAGAGGAGGCGGAAUACGACGAAGAUGAGGAGGAACGACGCAGGCAGCGACUCAAGAUGGAGAAGCUCGACAGUGCUGAGCUCUUGAAGGAGAGAAACCAAGAGGGCUUGAGCCAGGAAGAAGUGAAGAAAAAUCAGAGCUUCACUCAGAGUUUGGUUACCAAAAUCGUCGAUAACCUCCAGGUUUCCGUAAAGAACAUUCACAUUCGGUACGAGGACUCAAUCUCCGCACCUGGGCACCCGUUUGCACUGGGCGUAACGCUGCAGGAGUUCAGCGCUGUUAGCACGGAUGGUGAAUGGAAGCCAACCUUCAUUCAGCAUGCAGGCGAUGCGACGCACAAGCUUGCAACUUUGGGCGCGCUGGCCGUAUAUUGGAAUACCGACAGUGAACUAAUGGGAACGGGAAGAGAAACGGCCUCCGCUGAUGAAAUAAUGCCUUACGAAGAAAUGAUUGCCAAGUUCAAGCGCAUGAUCAAGCAUGAGGACACCAAUUCAAAACAUCAGUUCAUCCUACGGCCCGUGAGCGGCCAGGCGAAGAUUGAACUGGACAAAACAGGCAACGUCAAAGUACCCAAGUUCAAGGCAAAUCUCUUGUUUGAGGAGAUCGGUCUCGUGCUGGACGAUGAUCAGUAUCGAGAUGGCUUGAUGAUGGUUGACCUCUUCCACUACUUCCUCCGACAUCAGGAAUACAAGAAAUUGCAACCCAAGGGUGUCACGCCAAAGGAAGACCCACGGGCAUGGUUAUUGUUCGCAGGCAACGCAGUCCUUGGGAAGAUCCAUGAGCGUAACCGACGCUGGACGUGGGACUACUUCAAAGAGCGUCGGGACGAUCGCAAACGCUACAUGGAACUGUUCAAGAAAAAGAAGCAGCAACAGCAGCUCACCACCGAAGAGAAUGACGACCUUUCACGACUAGAGUGGAAACUUGAAUACGAAGACCUCCGAUUCUGGCGUUCGCUGGCUCGCAAUGAGCUAAAGAAGGAGAAUGCAGCUGCACUUAAGAAGCAGCCUCAACAACAGGAACAGCAGGGCUGGGUGUCAUGGCUGUGGGGGUCUAAGCCCCAAGAGAAGAUCGAGGAGAACGAGGAAAACACCCAAAUGACUGAGCAGCAGCGGAAAGAACUGUAUGAAGCCAUUGACUGGGACGAAAAGACGGCCCUGGCUGAGUCUGUGGACACUCCUCGAGAAGCCGUCAAACUCUGCCUUGAGGCCUCUCUCAGCACGGGUAGCUUCACCCUCCGAAAGAGCCCUCAUAGCAAUCCAGCAGAUCUACUCAGCCUUCACUUCGACGUGUUCAAAGCUAAAGCACUACAACGCAAGGAUUCUCUGCUGGCCAGUGUUAGUCUUGGCGGGCUUCGUGUCAACGAUGGCACCACUCCCGAUACCCUUUACCCCGAAAUUGUUCGCGUCAAAGGCGCACCGGAUACCCGCAGGAGCAAGCGUUUGUCCUUGGUUGAGCUUGACAAGCCCGACGGGGAUCCCUUCUUCCAGUUUGAGUUCGAAAAGAACCCGAUUGAGCGCGAGGGCGACAUAGCAGUUGUCGGCAAAUUGAAGCCCUUGGAGAUUGUAUGGAAUCCCAACUUCGUGGUUGGAGUAGCAGACUUCUUCAGACCUCCAGAAAGGCACAUGGAAUCAAUCACAGCCUUAAUGGAAAGUGCUGGCGCGACUGUCGAGGGCCUUCGCGAGCAAACUCGGGCAGGCCUUGAGUUUGCGCUUGAAGAGCACAAGACAAUCAAUGCCGAGCUCGAUCUUCAGGCACCGCUCAUCAUUGUUCCGGUUAGCAUCACCACCCAUGACUCGACUUGUCUCAUUGUUGAUGCCGGACAUAUCCAUAUCAAUAGUGAACUGGUGGACCAAAGCACUCUGAGGGAGAUCCAGUCAAAGCAGCGGCAAUCAUACAGCGAUGAAGAUUUCAAGAGGCUUGAAUCAGCAAUGUACGACCGGUUCUUAGUGAAGCUCACAUCUACACAAGUACUUAUCGGACCUUCCAUUGCGGAGACCAAGUCGCAGCUGGUCGAUAAGGACGAGGGCUCGCCGCUACACGUUGUGGACAAGAUCAAUGUUGACUUUGUUGUGGAGACCUCCAUCUUGCCCAAAGCGCCAAAUCUCACCAAGCUCAAGGUGCAUGGGCACUUGCCAAUUCUUCAUGUUGCGGUCUCGGACUCAAAGUACAAGAGCCUGAUGAAGGUCAUUGAGGUGGCCGUGCCAAAGUUUGGUAAUGACCUGUCGAAACCCGUCAAAGGCGAAGAUCAAAAUGACCGCAAGCAACUGUCCAAACCACGUUCUUCUACAAGUGUUUCAAACAGGUCCCGAAGAAAGUCUGGCCGUCCGCGGGCUAUGUCGGAGGCUUUCCCAUUCCUGCAGCCCCAUACUGCGGUUAUUCUGAACGACAUGGAUGAUGAUGAUGAUGAUGACAACGACGACUUCGAAGAUGCUAGUGAUGGUGCCGAUAAAGAGCAUCUCAAAGUGCAGCAACGAAACUUCGAAUUCAAGUUUACUGUCGACACCCUAAAAGGGUCACUGUAUAAGAGCGAUCCUGAGCGUCGCAAGCCUGAUAGUCUACUGUUAGAGCUCAUCGCGGAACGUUUCGACCUGGAGUUCUACAUCCGCCCUUAUGACAUGGUGGCCGAGGUUUCACUUGGCGCCGUGACUAUGGACGAUUUCGUGGACAAUCCCUCAGCUGAAUUCAAGUCAAUCGUGUCCACGGGCGACAGCGAGGACCAGAAGGCGGGAAGAAGCCUUGUGCAUGUCAAAUUUGUCAAGGUCAACCCACAGUCUCCUGAGUUCAUGCCCGUGUAUGAAGGAGUGGAAACUAACAUCACGGCUGCGGUGUCCACUAUCAAUCUUAUUGUCACCCGGAAGACAUUGUUGACUCUCCUGGACUUUAUUCUCGUCACCUUCACCGGCGGGAAUAACGCCCAGUCAAAUGAAACAAAGGCUAUAGCUACUUCUAGGGACAAGGACGAUGAUGCCAAAAGCGACGAGACUAUACUCGAGGCUGAGGCAUCGAAAAAUAACAACGCAGGUUCGAUCCGUGUCAAGGUAGAUCUGAAGAGUAUCCGGAUGAUUCUCAACAAUGAUGGGAUACGACUGGCCACACUCUCGCUGAACCAGGCCGACACUGGUAUCUUCAUCCGUGGUAAAACCAUGAGGAUCUCUUCCAAGCUCGGAGACCUUUCAUUGGUUGACGAUGUGAAUCAAGGUGUCUCUGCAGACUCGAACCUUCGCAAACUGGUGACUAUCCAAGGAGAUGAACUGGCUGACUUCCGCUACGAGACCUUCGACUCCGACAACCUUAACGGGUAUCCAGGCUACGACAGCUCUAUUUACCUCAGAGCCGGUUCUGUCAAGAUCAAUUUCGUGGAGGAACCCUUCCGCAAAAUUAUUGAGUUCUUGGUCAAGUUUGGAAAGAUGCAAGCGCUGUACAACGCAGCUCGGCAAGCCGCUGCAAACCAGGCAAAUCAGAUUCAACAAAGCCCCAGCCGCAUUAAAUUCGACGUCGUCGUGAAGACUCCGAUUUUAGUUUUCCCACGUUUAGUUGUGCCCGGGCAGCCGAAAAGAGACUUGGUCACGGCAUACUUGGGUGAAAUAUACGCGCAGAACAAAUUCUCUCCAAUUGACGAUAGCGAGGACUCGGAUAUCGCCAUGAAGAUCUCGGCCGGCAUCCGCAACACUCGACUGACCUCGGAUUUCCACUAUUCUGACGACCGCUCGGAGGAACUGGAGAUGAUUGAUUCUGUUGACUUGGGUUUCAACAUCACGCAUGCCGAGCACAAGCCAGGUGCUAAACGUCCAGACACCGAAAUCGAAGGCUCGAUGUCGGAUUUCAACUUGAAGCUGACGCAGUAUCAGCUCAAGUCUCUCUUAACAAUCUCGAAGUCAGUACCUGCGGCAUUUGCCGGCGAAGGAACAGAUGGUGAUGAGGAGGCAGCGAGAGCCGUUGACCAAGAGACUCUGAAGCGUGCUCGAACUCUCGACACACAGAAUAAUGACCAGCCAUUGGUGGAUCUGGGCCCCGAACUGAGCUCCAUUGACAAAGCAUGGACGAAGCUGGACCUGGUCUUCAAAGUCAACACGAUUGGGCUGGAGCUGAUUAUGGCAAAGCCAGAAGAGCCCUGCGGCGACGCUGCUUCGUGUAGCCUGUCUCGUUUCUCGCUGGACGACACCAAGGUUAAGACAAGAAUGUUAUCGGACGGCUCGCUUGAGGCAGAACUACUCAUCCACUCCUUCACUAUCCAUGACAGCCGUCAAGGGGAGUCCAAUCGGUUCCGCCGGAUCAUGACGUCUGCGAACAAGGAUGUCCAGCAGCUGAUGGCAUCAGUAACCAUGUCCGGGGGUAAGGAGCGCAGUCUGAUUGCCAUGUGCACCAUCGACAGUCCUCGCGUAAUUUUUGCGCUUGACUAUCUGUUUGCUAUUCAGAAAUUCGCUGCGGAAGGCUUGGCGGAGGACGAGCCUUUGCCAGUUGACGAUGAGAGCCUGGCGGAGAUGGCCGAGGAAUCGGACACGGACUCUUUGGCUACGAGCCAGGCAAGAUCAGAAAGAGAGGAGUCACAGCUGUCACGGCAGCACAGUACUGUCAGUCAUCGCUCACAGGGCCAACCAGAAGAAGAGCUGCCCAAGAUGAGCGUCGCGUUUCGGGUCAAUCUGGUGGAUGCACAAGUCAUUCUUAUUGCCAACCCUCUAUCAUCCAGCUCUGAAGCCAUUGUCCUCAGUAUUCGGCAGAUGCUUUUGUCGCAGCAACACGCUCUGACCUUCCAGGUAUCCCAGAUCGGCAUGUUCCUGUGCCGCAUGGACAAGUUCGAAACUUCUAGACUGCGCAUCAUCGAUGACUUCUCAGUUCAGAUGAGCAUGGAUAGCUCACAAGCACUCACAACAAGUAUCCAUGUUGAAGUCGAACCUCUCAUUCUACGGCUGUCUUUGCGGGACAUUCUCCUUGCCGUGCAGAUUUUCAGCAAGGCUGGUGAGCUUUCAGGCAACGAGCCUUCCAAGCAACCGAAAGAAACAUCUGCCGAGCAAAAAGCGCGGGAACUGAGAAACGCCGGGUUGAAGCAAAAGUCAGGCAGUGGUCGCGGGCAGUCGACUAUUGCAAAGACCAAGGGAUCCAAAUCUGUGAGGCAACACGAUGGCAAAUCGCCGCAGAAGCCAGCAGCAACAGCACCUCGACGACACGAAGAGCUGUCGGCAACAAUAGAGGGCGUUCGGGUGGUCCUCAUUGGCGACCUGCAUGAGCUCCCUAUACUUGACAUUGGCGUGAAAGAUUUCACUGCAUCUGCAGUCAAUUGGUCGUCGAAUCUCAAGGCCGACGUGGCAAUUGACUUGUAUUCCAACGUCUACAAUUUCUCCAAGUCAAGCUGGGAGCCACUGCUUGAACCAUGGCAAGUGGGUCUGGGCGUUGCGAAGGACCCCGUCUCCGGCCUUUUUUCAGUUGACCUGGUCUCCAAGAAGACGUUCGACGUAACUAUUACCACGGCUUCCAUUGCAUUGGCCUCAAAGUCUUUUGACUUCUUGACUACUGAACAGGAUGUUUUGGACAAGCCUCGAGGGCACGAGGCUCCCUACAAAAUCCGCAAUUACACUGGCUUCGACGUGUCCAUAAAUUCUAAGAGCCCGACAAGUGACGAGCCGAUUUCAGUCAGGCUGGAAGACGGUAGCGAAGCACCGUGGAGCUUUGAGCACUGGGAGAAGAUGCGUGAAAACCUUCUCACCGAGUCGAACCAGAACGAUGUCACAAUCACGCUUGAUGGCAGUGGUUUUGACCCUGUGAAGAAUGUACGCCUUAACCGCGAAGGCGAGUUCCUGUAUGCACUGCGUCCCAAGACCGACGAAAUUUUGCACAGGGUAUGCGUGGAGGUCAGCUUGGGCUCAGACAAUGUCAAAUAUGUGACACUGAGGUCACCUUUCCUCGUCGAAAACGCUACCGAGAUACCUGUGGAGCUAGGUAUCUACGACGCUGCCGACGGCCACUUACUCAAGAUUGAGAAGAUUGCUCCCGGUGAGGCGCGUCCGGCGCCUGUUGGCGCAGCCUUCGAGAAGCGAGCUCUCGUGCGUCCUGAUGCCGGUUUUGGCUAUCAAUGGAGUAGCGAGCAGUUGUGGUGGAGAGAUCUGCUGAAGAAACCUACGAAACAGGUCGUUUGCAAGGGGGAAAACGGGGAACCUUUCUACUUCCAGGUCAAUGCCCGCUUCAAUCGGGCCAAUCCUCUCACCAAGUCAUAUCCCUACAUGAAGGUCAAGUUGUCUGCGCCUGUCACCUUGGAGAACCUUCUGCCGUACGACUUCAAGUAUCGCAUCUACGACAAGAACACCAAGAAAGACUGGUCCAAUUUCCUUCGCAAAGGUGGCGUCAGCCCUGUCCACGUUGUCGAAUUGUCGCACCUGCUGUUGCUCAGCGUGGAUAUGCAAGACACCGUAUUCAAGCCAAGCGAUUUCGCUGUUAUCAACUCCGGAGCCAGCGACGAAUUCCGCAAAGAGAACCGUGUCCUACUUAAAGACGCACAGGGACAGCCACUGCACCUCAAGCUGCAAUAUUUCAAGAUACCCAACAGUGGUGGCGCCUUCAAGGUGACUGUCUACAGUCCAUACGUUGUGUUGAACAAGACCGGUCUUGACCUGACCAUAAGGGCCAAAACAUUCCUCCAGCAAGCUCGGGCUGCUGCUGGUCAGCAUCCGUUGGUUGACAAUUCUGAGGAGGGGCGUCCCAAGGCUUUACCCUUUAUGUUCUCGUACGGAAAUGACGACAAUCGCAACCGUGCCCUGCUCAGAGUGGCUGACUCGGAAUGGUCAAAACCACAGAGUUUCGACGCCAUCGGAAGCACUUCCGAAGUCGUGCUCAACUCAGCAUCCAAAAACAAGGAGAUACACCUCGGCAUCACGGUGAACUCGGGCGAGGGCAAGUAUAAGCUGACCAAGGUCGUCACGCUUGCCCCGAGAUUUGUCUUGGACAACAGGCUUGAUGAAGAGCUACUCAUCCGCGAGUCUAGUUCUUCUGGCUACAUGACUCUGAAACCAGGGUCGCCUCAGCCGCUGCACUUUAUGCAGAAGUCGCCCGUGAAGCAGCUUUGUCUCUGUUUUGCCGGCGUCAAUAAUCAGUGGACCGCACCAUUUAACAUUGCCGACAUUGGUACGAACCACGUGAAGGUGGCCAAGGCUGGUCAAAGUCAGAAGUUGAUCCGGGUUGAGAUUCUGAUGGAAGACUCGACGCUGUUCUUGAACUUCAGCAUGGAAACAAAGAACUGGCCCUUCUCUAUGCGCAACGAAAGCGAUCUCGAGUUCACCUUCUACCAAGCCAACCCCAACGUCGACGAGGACGGUGUUGAGGAUCGCAGUGGAUGGAAACCAGUCCGGUACCGUCUUCCACCACGCAGCAUCAUGCCAUACGCGUGGGACUUCCCGGCCGCGAAGCAUCGCGAGAUCAUCAUCUCUGCGAACAACAAGGAGAGGCAUGUCAAGCUCGCGGAGAUUGGAAAUCAAAUACCCAUGAAAUUCCCCAAUCCCAAUGGCCAGCAAAAGAUUAUCGACAUAAACGUGGCCGCCGAUGGACCCACGCAGACACUCAUUUUGAGCAACUUCCGCGCUAGCAAGAGCAUGUACAGGCCGAAGAAUCUAGAGAGGACCAAGACAGGUCUAGAGGCCUUUGAGGUCAAGGACCAAGAUACCGGCGCAACGUUCUUGGCUCAAUUGAAGCUCUCGGGCAUUGGCAUCUCGCUCGUCAACGCGCAGCUCAAAGAGUUGGCAUAUGUCAACUUCAAGGACCUGCAGCUGCGAUACAGCGAUUCGCCUUUGAUCCAGACUGUAUCCCUGUCCAUCAAAUGGAUCCAGAUUGACAAUCAGCUCUACGGCGGGCUCUUCCCCAUGGUGUUGUAUCCGAGCGUCGUGCCCAAGAAGGCACAGGAGGUUGAUGCACACCCGUCGCUGCACAUGAUGGUCAGCCGCGUCAAGGACGAUUCUUACGGUGUCCUGUAUAUCAAGUACGCCACGAUACUUCUACAGCAGAUGACGGUCGAUCUCGACGAAGAUUUUGUCUUUGCGCUGCUGGACUUUUCCAACGUGCCCGGCGCGCGCUGGACAAUUGAAGAGGAAGGUAGGCUAUGUGACGACAGCCUAGACAUUCCUCAGCCGACGCAGCAGCAAGCGGGGCAGGAUAUGUACUUUGAGGUUCUCAACAUUCAGCCUAUGCAGAUUGAUCUGAGCUUCAUGCGGACCGAGCGCAUCAAUGCCGAAGACAAGACUUCUACACGCAACCCCAUCAUGUUUUUCCUCAACGUCAUGACCAUGGCCAUUGGCAACGUCAACGAUGCGCCUGUUCGGUUCAAUGCGCUCAUGCUGGACAAUGUACGGGUGUCCACUCAGGUACUGAUGCAAAACAUUUCCAACCAUUACAGCCAAGAAGUCAUGUACCAGAUUCACAAGAUACUCGGAUCUGCUGACUUCCUGGGCAAUCCAGUGGGCUUGUUCAAUAACAUCUCGUCUGGUGUCACCGACAUCUUUUACGAGCCGUAUCAGGGUCUCAUUCUCUCGGACAAGCCGGAGGAAUUCGGACUUGGGAUCGCAAAGGGUGCUGCUUCGUUUGCGAAGAAGACCGUGUUCGGAUUCAGCGACAGCUUCUCCAAAUUCACAGGCAGUCUUAGCAAGGGCCUAGCAGCGGCGUCACUGGACAAGCAAUUCCAGGACCGCCGCCGAAUCACGAGGGCCAGGAACAGACCGAAGCAUGCAUUGUACGGCGUGACAGCCGGGGCGAACAGCUUGUUCACUAGCGUCGCCUCUGGCGUCGGCGGAUUGGCACGCAAACCUUUGGAAGGCGCUGAGCAAGAAGGCGCGUUCGGCUUCUUCAAGGGCGUCGGCAAGGGCGUGCUCGGGCUGGCGACGAAGCCUGCCGUUGGUGUGCUUGACAUGGCGAGUAAUGUGAGCGAAGGUAUUCGCAACACCACGACUGUCUUUGACGGCCAGGAACUCGAUCGCUCGCGGUUCCCAAGGUUCAUUCCUAACGAUGGAAUUGUACGCCCUUACAAUCCGCGCGAAGCACUGGGCCAAUACUGGCUCAAGCAAGUCGACAAUGGGAAAUACUUUGACGAGCAGUACAUCGGACACUUGGAGCUUCCCAAGGAGGACAUGGUCGUCAUGGUGACGUUUGCACGGAUCCUGCUCAUCCGUAGUCGCAGGUUGGCAAGCGAGUGGGACAUCCCCUUGAAGGAUGUACAGACUAUUGCAAAAGAGAGGACGGGUGUCAGCUUGACGUUGCGUGGAGGUGUCAACGGGCCGUUCAUUCCUGUCGGCGGAGGAAGUGAGAGAGGAUUCUUGUAUAAGAUGCUUGGAGUCGCUGUGGAGGAGUUUAACAUGCGUUUCAGGAGCGGUGAGCCGUGA